CUGUCUAUGUUAGCAAAAUGGAAGGUUCUGGUCGCCUGAGAGCUGAAGGAUGACAGCCACAACAGAGAGACAGUGAUGCUGCUGACCUGACUGACCUGCCCUGAAGGGAUCAUCCAUCCUUCCAUCAUCAGUACCCUGUCUGUAAUAUUUAGGUAUCGGCAAUCAACUCAAGUUAUUCCUAAUUUAAGCUUGCCAACGAUGCGAGGAAAUGUCAAAAUUAUAACAAUUAGCUACUUGUCCCUUCUUCAAAACUGAGCUAACUAGCUAGCCAUAUAGGGAACGAGUUAUCGUUAGGCUAGCUAGUUAGCGGUCUCACCCCUCAUCCUCUUCGUUUUUGCUGGCAUCAAUCUUUGAUCCCUCGGAUUCUCCUGCCUGGCCGCCCUCUGCAACAGUCGGCGUCUGCUCUUCGGUGCUAGCCUCUCCGUCCUCCUCCAUUUUCACCACAGUUGGAUCUUCACCGGUUUCAAGGAAGUGUGAAGAGACCAUACCACAGGACAGCGUUUUCUUGUGCAUGCCGUGCUCUCUGCCCGCUAUGUGCGUCGCCCAGAGAUUGUCGUGAUCAGGCGACACACGGCCUGCAAUGAAGUCCCCGCUGGCAGGUACAAACAAGGACAUUUUAUUCCCAUACAUCAAAGAUCAUCUCGAGGAGUAUCUGUCGGCGCACUGGGAAGAAGAUGAAUGCAAACAAGACGUGCAUCUCCUUAAGAAACAGGUUGAGGAGGACCUGCGUCUGCACCGGGCUUGUGCGCAGCACUCCCUGGACCAGUCUGGGCACACGGACGAGGAGAAAGCCAUCAGGGAGGUGGUGGACAACGUGCUGUGGCAGAUGGCUUCGGACAGGAAGUCCACGGCUCUGAAACAGCUGCAGGGACACAUGUGGAGGGCGGCCUACGCUGCCGGGAGAAUCAAAGGCGAGGUGUACCAGGACGUGGUUCCAUCCAUCAGGAGGUGGAGACGGCAGGGCCUGAAGGUUUAUAUCUACUCCUCUGGCAGUGUGGAGGCUCAGAAACUACUGUUUGGAUACUCUGUAGAGGGAGACGUACUAGAUCUAUUUGAUGGCCACUUCGACACCAACAUAGGCACUAAAGUAGAAAGCAAAAGCUAUGUGAGGAUUGCAGAGAGAAUGGGCUGCCCACCUGAAGAAAUCAUGUUCCUGACAGAUGUCACACGAGAGGCCAAGGCAGCGGAGGAUGCUGGUGUGAACGUGGCUGUAGUGGUGCGGCCAGGGAACAUGGAGUUGACAGAGGAAGAAAGGUCUCACUAUAACCUCAUUACAACCUUCAGCCAACUGGAAGUGAAUGGCAGCGCUUAACACUGGAGGAGAGGGUAGGGGAGGGGGUAGAGAUGCUGCCGUCUGAUUUUCCCCUUCACCUCCCCAAAGUGUAUCCUCAUUGACUCCCCCUUGGGGAUAUAAAAAAAUGAUUGGUCUUCACAUGGGAGUUUUCACCAUAUAUCUUACACCUUUGCAUUGUUUUUAAAUCUGAGGGGGAGUAACGAAUGCACACUUCAGGGAGAAGAAGGGUAGAGAAACAGAACACAACCAGAGAGUGGGAGAAUACACUCACUCACUGGCCCUGUUCUAUCAAGUUCCCGCUUCCCCUAGCACCUGCUGCCCUUAGGUCUAAUGAAAGGACUGGAACGGUAAGAGCCACGUGAUGGACGCUCCUCUGUUGUUGAACACAGGAACUGUCGGGUAUUCAGGCUACGCACAGGGUGGGUGGUGGGCAACAAGCACUAAGAGCCGUACCAGUCUGCAGACUGCACGUUUAAGGGACAUGACAGGGCUUCUUUUUUUCUUUAACAUUUUAAAUAAAAACUAUUUAAGUUGA